AAAGUUCAUGCCAAAUUACGUGGUGACUGAUUUCGGAAAGUAACUUUGGUUUAAAAACGCCUCAAUGGUGUAAAAUAAUAAAUAACGCGUGUUUUUUUCGAGUGUCACGGUAUCUAAGGAGAUUACAAAAUGGUUUACCGUUUCUUAGUACAAAAGAAUUUUUUGAUAAUGCUCGACGCGUCGACGAUGCUGAUGGCCAAAUUGUUGUGUUUACUAUUGGUGGUAUGUUCGGUGCACAGUCUUCAGUUGGAUAGUCAAGCGUCGACAAGGAAACCUAGGGUGACGAAAUAUAGCAAAACUACAGCCGCGCCUGGUGGGCCUACGGAGCCGACGUCAGAGCGGAGUCUCGACACGGCUACAUACAGACUGCAGGUCAACAGCGAGACAUGCAUCCUGCUGACAGUGGACGCUCUGCUCGACAUUUCUUACGUCACCAAGCUCAAUGAGCGCGCUGACGCGAACACAUUUGUCCCGAACAGUGCCAGCGUGGGUGGCGUGUGUAAGGAGAGUGACGCUGAGACUCUCACUCUCACCUUCAAGGAGUUCGUUUUAGAGUUCUCAUUUGAUAAAACGCCCGGCGGUGAACGCUGGUACGUCGACAGCAUUAGACUAUCAUACAACUCCAGUGCCAGGAUCCUCGAGCACGCAGCCAAGCAAGGUCGCCGGGUCACACUCAGUACUGGCUCCAGAGCAUUGCUGUUCCCAACUCCAGUGGGGAAGUCCUUCUAUUGUCCUGAAGAGACGAUCGUCGAACUAGCUGAGGAUGAGACGAACUCCAAUGCCGGCCACCGGGCAAAACUAUAUCUUCGCCAGAUGCGACUCCAAGCGUUCAUGUACAAGAAAGAUGGAGAGUUCGGUCCACCCUGGCAUUGUUCGGACUCUUCCCGUGGCAGAUCAGAGGCUGCCCCCGUGGCCGUCGGCGCAGCCCUAGCGAUAGCCACUGCAGGUACUUUAGUCGGAUACGCCAUCUGGCGUUACCUUAAAGUGAAGAAGGUACAAUAUGACACUAUGGAGUGAGGGGGUUAAGUGCGUUCUGGACAUUUUGGAUUUUGUUUUUUUUGGAUAUCGAAGCGAAGGCAAUCGGUGCAAAGGUCAAAUUUUGUUUAUCAUUUCUUAUUAAAUAAACCGAUAAAAAAAAGUUUAUUCAACCACAGAUAUCUAUGUGAAAAGUCGGCGUGAAGACUAAAGAUUCAAAAUAUACAAUAGUUCUCAGUCUGUCAUUGGCUGAAUGAGGUUUUGUCCUUUGCUUCAAUUGACGGGCAACGAUAUAAAUUACGAAAAUAUAUUUUUUAUUUCAUAUGACCAGUUUUUAUCGAGAUUUGAUGUUUUUAUUACACCUAUAUUCCUCCUGCUACCUGCUGGACAUCUCAACAACUGGAAGUGAUAUUGGAGCAUACUCUUUCUUAACCUCGUAAGACCCGGUUUUCCAGACAUAAUAGAGAUUGGAUUAUAGAAGUACAUUGGACCUUUUGGAGGUUGCAAGAUUUUUUUUUAUUAUAAAUUAGUGUAUUUCUUUUUCUGUAAUAUUUUUGAACUGGUCAUUAUUUGAAAUAUAUAUUUGUUAGUUCAGAACGCAUUUAGGUAAGCUAGUGAGUUCAUAAUGAAAAAUACAAUGCCAAUGUCGAUAAAGUUUCUUAGGAUGGUAGACCAAACUGUUAUCAAUGUGAGAAGUGCAGUUAUAUCAAGUGAGACGCACUGAACGUGUGGUAGAUUAAGAGCAUUAAAGUUUUAAGCUUGGUAUAGACAGAGCCGGAGGGGCGAGACAAGCCCGCCGUGGUACGGGAUUUGCAAUGAAGCCGUAAAAAGCAUUAUUGAAUCAUUUGAUUUUUGAAGUCCCGCGCCCCGGCCCGCUUGUCCCAUUUUCCCGGGUCUAUACAGCAAGUUUUAGGUAGAAUAAUAGAAUAUUAAAAUGUUCAAAUAUUACUCCUUAAACAAGUCCUAAAUUAAAAUGUUCUUAUGUCUAUUACACAUUGUAUUAUGCAUUCUAUUUAUUUGGACGCAUAAGUAUAAUGUUGGUAUAAUUUACAAACGCGUAUUUAUUUACAUAUAGUGAUGUGCGGAUAUCGAUGUUAAUAUAAUGUUGUUUAAUAUAAUAUGAUUAUUUUUAAAGACGUAUUGUGAAUAGAAAAUACUUGGUGAUCAUGAGAAUGAAGGUAUUUUCUAGUUACUCUAGAUAGUUGGCACAUGAUCAGGUAAGGUAAUUGUUUAAAAUGUUGUUGACGGUUGAAAAUGAUGUAAAAAUGUAUGUAAUCCUCAAUAUAACCCCAGUACUCCAUAGGCUAGUGUUUUUUAUAUUUUCCCCCCUCACUUAUAGUUAAGAAAAUUGGCUUACUUAUUCAGAAAAUCUUGAAUAUUAUAUUAAAAUAUGAUUGACAUGUAACUAUUGUUUUAUCAUUAGUGUUUCUAGGAGACAAAACGUUGACGAAGAUUCGAAUCCAUAUUCAAAUAUCUUUAUUGUACAUGUUGACUAGGCUACUUCUCAAAAAAUGUGGCGCGUAUUCUACGCAGCUGUUCAGUAUUUAUAAUCAUCAGUCAUAAUUUACAAUAUUGAAGUAAUAUUUUAGAUGUCUACACUGAUUUGAAUCGUGUCAUAAUGUCAACAUUUAUCACCAACACAACACCAUGUAUUUAUCAACCAUUGGCCAUUUAAGUUUGUUUCUAACAACUUAUGCGUCAUUCUAUAACAUAAUAAUGAAUACGCAGUCUAUUAAAAAUGCUGUCCAUAUUUUGUCUUCUAGAUGAAAUAUAAUAUUUUGAUUAUUAGACUAGUAUAAUUCACUAUAUUAAUAUACUCGUUAAUUAUUACAUAUCAGAUGAUAAUAUAAAAUAAAUAUAAUUUUAUCGAGAAUCAUUAUUGUAAUUAUAUUGAAGAAGAAUUUUAUUUGAGAUUGUUUGCAAUGUAGCGGACAUUUUUAUAUAUUGGAAUAUGACGUGUACAAGCAAUAAGUACUUUUUUAUUGAACGCCGUCGAUAUGACACAUAAUGGCUGAAUUUGAUGUUGUAUUUGUGCGCAAAACUUGGUUAAAACUAGUAUUUAAUUUUUACACGGCACAUCGUGUUAGAUGACUUUAAAAUAAUGUAUAUUUACUUAAGUUUAGCGUUAUUAAAGCCAGUAUGUUUUGGCUAUAGUCAGGUUGUUCAUAAGAUUAUAGGCAACAUUUUGUAACUGAGAAUUAUUAUUUUCUCUCUAUAACUUCACUGAACCUACCUCAGUUUAUCUUCCAAAGCACAAGCGUACUGAUAUAUAAUAUUAGUCUUAUUUUACACUUGUAUUUUCACGAGAUGUUUUUUAUAUUUACCUUAUAAUAUACCUACUGAUUUUAACAAAAUAUAAUAUUAUUCAUUUUCGAAUAUUAAAUAUCUAGUAGCCAAGUUUUGCUAGUUAAGAUGCGAUGUGUGUUAAUGCUUUCAAUUAAAAGCCUCGAGGCUGUAUAUUUGUUUAUUGUACCUAUAUUUAGUCAUAAACUCACCGAGAUAUGAAUAGCUAUAAACAAAAGAAGUAUUCAUAUAUAUACUUUUGCUUAAAAUAAAUGUGUCAUUUAACCUUUAUUUUUAAAUUAUCGAUAAGUAAGUAAUUAAGUGUAAUGUGUCCCAUCACUCAUUAUUUUUUCCUUUUUAAUAAAAGGCCUACGGUGUUGCUAGUGUGAAAAAAUGAAUAAAUAUAAUUUAUUCAGCCAGUUAUCUCGGUGGGGUUAGUAUUAAUACUCAUCAAUUAUUGGACAUAUCGAUCUUAUACUCUGUUUUGUAUGGGCUGAUGUUGUGAUUUGUGUGUUUGUAUGAGGUUAGAGUUUUAGCUUUAAGUUAGUAGAUAUAGUCCCUCGUCCUCUCUGUUUUUGCUGGCCGCUGUAUAUACGAUUUGCUUUCGUUGCAGAUACAGUACGAUUUAUCCUUUUCAUAUUAGCGUCAAAUUAAUAAUUGUAAAGGAAAAUUGUAUAAACUGCAACAAAUAAUCGGUACAGAGGGUCUAAAAAUGCCCAUCGGAGCAAUUCAUUUAAAAGAAAGUGCGCAAUGCCUACAAAUUACAAAUAGCAAUAUUGAUUUUUAGGUGAAUUGCUUUAAUGUGUGUUUUAACCCUUCAGGAAAGGCUAAAAGGAUUCAUUACAAAAAAAAAAUACUUAUACAAAUGCUUUGAAAACUAACUUAAUAACUUCGAUUGUGAAAGAGAGGGAAAACCCGAUACAUAAUAUCUAAUAGAUAGACAAUGCCGAUAAUAAUGUCUUUCGCUCAAAAAACACAUAACCAUUCUUUUUGCUUUGUCGAAGUCGGGUAGCUGUGGUAUUUUAUAUACAAUGUUUAUAAGAAAUACGCUAAUGUGAAUCGGAUGGAAGCUAAAUCAGCUUGUUUUUUAUAAUAUGUACCUACUUUUUCGAGUAUAUAUAUAUAUGUACACAAAGACAUAACGCUUUUUUCGUCUACUGUAAAUAUUUCUUGACUAUAUGUAAGCCACUUUUCGAAUUUUUCGAUAUAUAAAAUCGCACUAUAGUUUCAAAUUCAAGUUUCUCUCUAAAAAAAAUUAAACGCUAAAAUCAUUUUUGUGAAACUCUGAAUAUUUCUGAAAAACUUUUUCUAUUAGAUGAUAUAAGAUUCUAUUUUCCUAAUAUUUUGUAUUGUAUUGAAUCCAGGGGGUCUAAUUAGGCUACAUUGGAGCUAUUCAUCUACAAAAAUAAUAUUGCAAUUUGACAUUUGCGCAUGGAAAUGUAAGUGCGCAAUGUCGACAAAUGUCAAAUAGCAAUAUAGCUUCAAUAUGGCCUGUUUAGGCCUCGGUAGUUAUUUUCCUCAAUAGUUUUGGUAGCAUUACGUACGUAUCGGUGCAUUUAUAUUAAAUAUUAAUAUUAUACUAAAAUUAUUAAUACGCCAUACGAUUUGUCUUCCAGUAAAAUUGAUCUUAAACAAUAGAUUAAAGUAUUGUAGCUUAUUAUAUUAUAUACAUAAAUUAUGAACAAAGGUGGUGAUGUUAUGGUCCUUAGUAAUGUUAUUGGUAAGUUAAUGUUACUGGCUAGUAAUCUGGCGGUUGGUUGGAGAAUAUUGUCUUUUUGACAUUUGUUUUUUUUUACCGAAAUAUUUACAUCAUCACAUCAACAACAUCAAUUUAAGAGCCACGCUCUUGUCGGUGCAGCAUUUUCCAUGCUACUUGUUUAGGGAAAAAUAGAGCAGGGGUUUCCCUCUUGCCUUCCGCCCCGCAGUACUCUGUCAAAUAUUUACAUAAAAAAAGUAAAAACAUGAAACCCAGGUACAACACAUCUUCCAUCCACCAUUAUUAUUGAUCAAAAUAUAGAGAAGCACUAUGAGUAGGCAGCAACAUAAUUAUAUACUUACCAUAUUUGAUCCAAAUAUCAAGCAACUUUUAUUUUAUAUACAUGCAUCUGCCAUUACAUUAUAUUUUUGAAUAAUUAUGUAUCCGAGCAAUGAGAAAAUAGGUGAUUAUUGCGUUAAAUCUGUACAACGCCAUCUAUCAUUAUAAUUAUUUAUAAGUAUCAUUUGUUUACGGAGAACGUAUUGUGAAAAGUCCCGCGUUUAAUCUAAGCAAGCAGUCAUCAUUUUUUUCUCUGCGUUGGUAAUGGCAACACUCAAUAGACGAGUAGAACACCCUGCAUAACCCUUAUAAAAAAAAAAUAGAACACCCUGUCAUGUCGCAAACAUUAUUUAGAUUAUUCUUAAUCCGUAGAGACAAAUGUUCAAUUUUUUUAUGGCUACAGUCAAGUUCAUUUACAAAAACACACGUUCUAUGCAUUUGUAUAUACCUAUUUUAAAUAAUAAGAAAAAUUCCGAGUAGUUAUUUUUAAUCCUUUUUAUUCUCAGACUGAAUAUUCUGCAACAAAUUGCGUCGUAAUACCUAAAUAAAAUGUUAGGAGAUAUUGUGAAACACCAAUAAAUAUUAUACUCAUAACAUUAACCACCGAAUAUUUUAAGGGACAUAUCUCAAAUUAUAAUAACUUAGUGCGUUCAUUUAUUGAAAUUGUCUUUAUGAAUAAAUGACGUUAAAAUGGGAAA